CGGAGAGCGGCGCUGGAAGCACGUGACCUGGAUUCGGAGCCGGAAGCUACCGCUCUGGUAGGAGCGCCCCCCAGCACCUACGGCUGCGAUGACUUCUGCACUGACACAGGGGCUGGAGCGAAUCCCAGACCAGCUGGGCUACCUGGUGCUGAGUGAAGGCGCAGUGCUAGCGUCAUCUGGUGAUCUAGAGAAUGACGAACAGGCAGCCAGCGCCAUCUCUGAGCUGGUCAGCACUGCCUGCGGUUUCCGGCUGCACCACGGCAUGAGCACACCCUUCAAACGUCUGUCCGUGGUCUUUGGAGAACACACGUUGCUGGUGACCGUGUCAGGACAGAGGGUGUUUGUGGUGAAGAGGCAGAAUCGAGGCCGGGAGCCCAUUGACGUCUGAGCCUGCCAGAGGGUCAGGGCAGAAGUGGAGCAGGGUCAUGAGCCUCUGAGGGUGAAGAUGCACGCCUCCUCCACCUUUCUCUGCUUGCUGCUAGAACUAAGGCUUUUGUUCACCCACUUCACCCCAUUUCCCUAUCAGGAAGAGGCUUAGGACUCCAUGCUAUGUUAAGGAGAAUGAGUUCAUAGGAACCUUUCUCUUUUCUCCCUCCCUUCUAAUAAACAUGAAUCUUAUGUUC